AUGCUUUCAAUAGAAAAAGAAAAUUCAAGAGUUGCUACAACUAAACCAUUAGAUGAACUUUUUACGAAUGUCGGUCAAAAGUUUGAGACAGAGACCGUAAAGCAUGAAGGCUAUCGUUUUGACUACCCGUUAAGAUGGUUAAGAGACCCAUCUGUCACAAAAGCUAUUGGCUUUCGUAGAAUGAAGUUCAUUUCAGAAGCCAUACAUGGUUUCCCAUUUACAGUCGGUUUUGAAGUUCGAUACUAUAACAAAGAAAAACGUACGUAUGAGAAAUUUGAACAGGGAAAACUUUUACAAGUGAAUUUGCUUGUAAACUUAGAAACAACUCUUCAAGCUUUUCAAGAAAAAAUAAACGACAUCUAUAUCGAAUAUGCAAAGCAGUAUAACAUUGACGAAGGAGAGUACCAUCUCGAUAUUAUAUAUGACAGGAAAAAUGCAACUGUUAAAAUCAAUAGAAUAGAAGACCUUGGAGAAAACGUUUAUAUUUCUACAAAAUAUAACAACUUGGCAUGGUAUAGAUUUCUGAGGAUGUUAAAUCAGCCUGCAGAAUAUCCAGUACACCCGGACUUUUAUGAAGUCGAAAACCCUAAUGGAACAUAUGAAAAUGUUUUCGACCCAGAUGCUAUUAUC